GACUCUAAUAAACGUGCCACCUAUUUAACUCGCUCCACUUUGCUUGCUCGUGUCUGCUCUGUUUGUUUCCUCUUCUGUACAACCACUCUUCCCCACCCCUCCCCUAGAUCUGAUCCGGAUUUGUUCAGUUUUUAUAAAGAAGUGUGAGAGGAUGGGCCGUGGAGUUAGCAGUGGUGGAGGACAGAGUUCACUGGGUUAUCUGUUUGGCAGUGGAGAGGCACCAAAAGCAGCCACUGAAAACCCCCAACCGGCCAUAAACGAAGGCCAGGCUGUAAACAACGGGCCUCUUUCUAAGCCUGCUGCUGCUCCUUCUAAACCAGUAGAUGUUGCCAAGCAGAUCCCGGCUGGUAUCAAUAGCACUUCUUCAAACAACUAUAUGCGAGCUGAUGGUCAAAACACUGGCAACUUCCUCACGGAUCGACCAUCAACCAAGGUCCAUGCUGCCCCUGGUGGUGGAUCUUCUCUAGGUUACCUCUUUGGUGAUGGUGGUGGUAGUGCUAACUGAGAUAUUCUAUCAUCUCAAGAAUGAAAUCAUAUAUUUGUAAGGGAAGUAUUGGUUGUUGAUUUUCAUUGAAUCUGACGUUUGGAAGAGGCAAUGCGUCGUCUUUGAUAUAAACAAUGGAAAGUUGUUGCAUCAUGUGGUAUAAUGUAUGCUGCUUGUGGUGGUUUGGAUUUUAUUCAAUCAAAGGGCAGUACUUUAGAGGCUCAAACAUCUAUUAUAGAGCUCAGUCACCAUCAAGAACAAAGUUGUAUUUUCCUAAUGCAUAGUUAUGUUUUUACCUUAUUAUGAAAAUGUUGCUAAUGUUGUAUUUUCCUAAUGCAUGGUUCAGAUUCUACACA